AUGGCUGGUCAAUCGCAAUGGCCCGAUAUCAUCGGCAAAGCCAUCGACGAGAAGCACGACGAGAUAAAUACAUUAAACCACAAGAUCCAUUCCGCCCCCGAACUCGCCUACAAAGAAUUCCAGGCACACGAUAACUUCGUCUCGCUGCUGCAAUCCCUCGGCUUCAACGUCACGCCACACGCAUACGGCGUCGAGACAGCCUUCUCAGCCGACUUUGGCUCUGGCGGGCGUCUUCUCGUGUUUAAUGCCGAAUACGACGCUCUACCCAACAUCGGACAUGCAUGCGGGCACAAUCUGAUCGCAAGCGCCAGUCUUGCCGGGUUUCUCGGCGUCGUCGCCGCAUUGAAAGCAUCUGGUGCUCCUGGACGAGUUAGAUUGCUAGGCACCCCAGCAGAAGAAGGUGGCGGCGGCAAACUCCAUCUGAUCGACAACGGCGCCUACAAGGACGCAGCGGCAUGUCUGAUGACGCACCCGGGGCCGCAGUAUCUGUUGAAAGACGGCGUCACUGGCGUCGCGGCGGUUAAGAUGCUGGCUAAUGUCAAGUGGAGGGUUGUGUUUACUGGUCGCACUGCGCACGCUGCCAUGGAGCCGUGGAACGGUGCGAAUGCGCUCGACGCGGUGUGUCUGGCUUAUAAUGCGGUUUCCAUGCUGCGGCAGCAGAUCCGGCCGUAUCAGCGGAUCCAUGGUGUUUUUCGCGAGGCUGGAGAUCGCCCUAAUAUUAUUCCUGAUAGGAGUGUUGCUGAGUUUUACGUUCGAAGUGAUACCCUUAAGUCUGCGGAGCGUCUGUGGGAGCGCGUGAAGAAGUGUUUCGAGGGUGCAGCGUACGCGACCGGAUGCGAGGUUGCGUUUGAAGCUCUAAAUACGUAUGCUGACCUACGAUCAUCUGUGCCCAUUUGCAAGGCCUUUGUGGAUUCCAUGCCUGCCGGGAGCGUUGCGCUGUAUGAACCGGCUGACUUCCUGGCUGGGUCGACUGAUAUGGGCAAUGUGACGUACGAAUGUCCUGGGUUCCAUGGUGCCUUUGGUAUAAAUACAGUGCAAGGUCAGGGGAACCACACCCGGGGUUUUGCAGAUGCUUCUGCGCUGGACAGCUCUUUUAAGACGGCCAUUGACUGGGCUAAAGGGAUGGGAGUGGUUGGGUGGAGGAUACUCACAGAUGAUGCGUUUAGCGAGGAGGUCAGGAAUGUUUGGGAAGAGGACAUGAAGGCUGCUAAGCAAUAA